AUGGAGAGAUUCAAGAAGCUCCAGCCGCCCACAUUUUCCAAGUUAAAUUUUGAGGCAAUGCAGUCAGAGCGGUGGAUUAGCACCUUGGAAAAGGCAUUCGACGUACUUGAGUGUAUGGAUGCGCAGAAACUAAUAUGUGCUAGAUAUCAGUUACAAAAUGAGGCGGAAGCACGGUGGAAGGCAACUGAGCGUAAUUUAGAAGCAGCUCAUCCAAACCCCACCAGGGAGCAAUUCAAAGAAGUCUUCUUUAAGAACUACUUUCCUGAGAGCUUUAGAAACAAGAAGGAAGCUGAGUUCUCUGCUCUCGUGCAAGGAUCCAAGAUCGUGCUGGACUACCAGCAGCAGUUCGAAGAUUUGUUCCAUUUCACCCCGGAGCACAUGAAGGGGGAAGCUAGUAAAAUAAAGAAAUUUUAA